AUUGUAUUAAACUAUACAUAAAUUCUCCUCCAAUCUAAGUAUUUAUUAAUCAUUUUCCAUAAUCUGAAACAAGACAUAAUUAAAAUUUUCUCAAGAAUCUUAACAAACCAAACCACAGUCCACAAGGAGAUAAUAUACUACUAUCUAUAGUUUCAACAGGAGGGCCCUAAAACAUUUUCAACAUUCAACCGUUAAAUGCAUGCAAAAAUUUCUUGGCAAACUUAUCUGGUCCCCAUUAAUCACUCUCCAAUAAAGCUAGUCACUUUGCUACAGCUCAAUCCAGCUAUAAUAACAUCAACUUUACUAAUUUAUAUAUAUACUUUUUUGUAUUUUAAUGUAAAAACUUUAGUACCACAUUAAUCCUAAUAAUUAUAAUCUCCCUCCUAACUAAAUCAUUGAGACCACAAUAGUAUACCAUCAGCUCAUGUGACAUACAGUCUGUCAAACAUCUAUGUUUCUGCCUUUUCAUUGUAAUAACAACUUGUUCUUUCCUGGAGUUGUUGCCAACCAUAUUAUUCUCUUCACUUGAAACUUUCUUUAUUUGUUUCUUAACCUUAGUUAAGUUCUUAAUAACUUCACUUGUAAGUUCACUUUUUUUUUAAGCUUGGAUUUCUCAUCAUCAUCAUCAUGGCUACUGAAACUGUUGAGCUUGCUUCUGAUCAUCAUACUUCUACUAUUCUUGAGCAAUUUGUGAAGCAGGAAAAGGAUGAAGCUAUUGCAGAAAAGAUCAACUCCCUAGCCAAUGAAAAUGGAGACAAACAUGAUGACACGCCUGACGACUCACAAAGUCAAGCUACUCCUUCGUCCAAGACAGAAGAUGAGCAAUUUGUGAAGCAAGAAAAGGACGAAGCUAUCGCGGAAAAGAUCAAUUCCCUAGCCAAUGAAAAUGGAGACAAACACGACGACAAGCCUGACGAUUCACAAAGCCAAGCUACUCCUUCGUCCAAGACAGAAGGAGAUGAGGUGAAGGCUGAGCUUUCCGCAGCAGAGAUCAUUACUGAUGACUCUUCAGCAUUGGAACUUUCAGUUGAAGAUAGUCCAAAACCGGCCAUAGUUGAUGAUGCACAAAUUCCCGCUGUAGAGAAAGGAAAUGACGAGAAGGUUGAGCCUGCUGUUGCUGUUGAAAAAACUGAUGAUUCAGCCGAACCUGCUAUUGUUGUUGAAAAAACCGAUGAUUCAGUGCCAUUAGAAGCUGUUACAGAUGCAGUUGCAGACGACCUGAAAGAGAAAGAUCUAGUUCCUGAAUCGCAGACUAUCAGUGUCGUUGUCGCAGAACUAGUACACGACGCAGCAAUAAGCCAGCAAGAUGGGACAAUAUCCACUGAACCACCUGAGAAGGAAACAUCACAGCAAAUAGAAACGGAACCUGUACAAACCAAUGAAGAGAAUCAACCCAAGAAAGAAGGCAUCGCAGAAGCUGAAACCAUUGAAAAAUCAGUUGACACCACUGAAAAAUCAAGUGAUGCGAUCGCGACUAAUCAAUCUGUAGAAGAGGAGGUGAAACCAUCUGAAAUUUCAGAAACAAGUGCCGAACAGGAAGAAAAGCCUGAGCCUGCUGUGGCUACAGAAAAUCGAGAAGCAACAGAAGAACCAGAGAAAGAACUGCAAGAAAAAUCCGAAGAGGCAGAGCAACCAAACUCAAUUCCAAUUGUUGAAACCUUAACUGAGGUCAAUGAGGUAGAGCCUACAGAAAAAGAAAUAACCGAGCCUGUGGCCAUAGAAGAGCACGAAGUAACCGAAGAACCAGAGAAAGAACAACAAGAAAAAUCUGAAGAGGCAGAGCAACAAAACUCGGUUGCAAUUGUUGAAUCCUCAGCCGAGGUCAAUGAGGUAAAGCCUACAGAAAAAGAAAAGGCAGAUCCUGUGGCCACAGAAGAGCACAAAGUAACCGAAGAACCAGAGAAAGAACCGCAAGAAAAAUCCGAAGAGGCAGAGCUACCAAACUCAAUUGCAAUUGUUGAAUCCUCAACCGAGGUCAAUGAGGUAGAGCCUAUAGAAAAAGAAAUAGCAGAGCCUGUAUCCACAGAAGAGCACAAAGUAACCGAAGAACCAGAGAAAGAACCGCAAGAAAAAUCCGAAGAGGCAGAACAGCCAAACGCAACUGCAGUUGUUGAACCCUCAGCCGAGGCCAAUGAGGAAAAGACAACAGUGGAACUAUCGGAAGAGACCAACAACAACGAAGGAAAAGCAGAGCUUGUGGAAACAGAAGAGCACAAAGUAACCGAAGAACCAAAAAUAGAAUCUCAAGAAAAAUCAGAUGAGGCAGAGGAACCAAACACAAUUGCAAUUGUUGAACCCUUAGUUGAGGCCAAUGAGGAAAAGACAACAGUGGAACUUUCAGAAGAGACCAACAAUGAAGUAGAGCCUACAGAAAAAGGAAAAGCAGAGCCUGUGGCCAUAGAAGAGCAUGAAGUAACUGAAGAACUGGAAAAAGAAUUGCAAGAAAAAUCAGAUGAGGCAGAGCAACCAACCACAACUGCAAUUGUUGAACCAUCAGUUGAGGCCAAUGAGGAAAAGACGACACUGGAACUAUCGGAAGAGACCAACAACAACGAAGUAGAGCCUACAGAAAAUGGAAAAGCAGAGCUUGUGGCAACAGAAGAGCACAAAGUAACCGACGAACCAGAAAAAGAGUCGCAAGAAACAUCAGAUGAGGCAGAGCAACCAAACACAAUUCCAAUUGUUGAAACUUCAGCUGAGGCCAUUGAGGAAAAGACGACAGAGGAGAUAUUGGAAGAGACCAACAACAGCGAGGUAGAGGCUACAGAAAAUGGAAAGACAGAAUCUUUGAUUACUUCAGUUGAGCCUAGAGAAACAGAAAAAGAAGAACCUGUGGUUACUGAAGUUGAACCUACAGAAACAGGAAAAGAAGAACUCGUGGUUACUGAAGUUUCGGAAAAUCAGAAAGAACCAGAACAGCUUUCAACAGAAACCAAUGAUGUCAUUGCUGUAGAAGAAAAAACAAGAGAAUUAGAAUUGGAGGCAGCGCCAUUGAAAGAGACUAAAGUCGACGAAGUAGAGCCGACAGAAACAGAAGCAGAUCCUGUGGUUACUAUAGUGGAUGAAAACCAAAGUGAAUUAGGAAUUCAAUCCAUCAAACAGGAGGAAGAAGAAAAGCCAAAGGAAGAAGCUGAAAUUCAAGAACAAACAGUUGAUGCAGUGGAGGUGGUGAAAGAGAUCGACAACUCAGAAUCGGAAGUAAUUCCUGUGUCUAAUGGAGUGGCAGAAAAGGCAAUAGAACCAUUACAAGUAGGUGAGGAAGUUGUGGAAACUAUUAAGGAGGUGGAGCCUAAGCAAGCAACUGAAAAAAUUGAAGGAUCGCUGGAUGACACCAUAAAAGAGGAGGAAAGUGAAACUAAAACCACUGUUAAUACUGCAGAAGUUUCACUAAAUGAGGAAACUCAGACAAACCCUGCAAAUCUAGUGGAACCUUCCCCCGAAGUUGAAGAAAAGGUUGUUGUAGAAGAUGGUAAGAAAGAAUCAAGUUUCACUGAUGUGAUUGAAGGGGUGUCAUCAAAAGAAGUGGUUGGUGUUACGGAGAACACUACCAGUGUCGAGGAAAAGGCUGUUGUUGCUGCAGAAGAUGAAAAGAAGGAGCCAGAAACACCUGAUGCUGUCCAAGUAUCCUCGAGAGAGUCGGAGGUUGACAUCAAGAAGACUGAUGAACAGAAUGAGGCAAAGACAGCUACUCCUGAAGUAGGCGAUGCUGACAAAAAGGUGGAUGAAAUCUCCAAAGCUGUAAGUGAACCUGUUAGAGAAACACUUGCAUCUAAAUUCGAAGAAAAAGAUGAGGAGGAAACUAUUCAAACUGGAGAGAAUAAUUCCGAGAAAGAACGAAUAGAGGAGCCAGUAAAAGCUGAGGUUGAAGCCACCAAGGAAAAUGAUACAACAACAAUAACAUCCAAGGACAUUCCAAAAGAAACUCCAGCCAAGCCAGCUCAGAAGCAGUCAAACAACCUUAUAUCAAAGGUAAAACAGUCAUUAGUGAAAGCAAAGAAGGCUAUAAUUGGAAAAUCUCCACCCAAAAACUUGUCCUCAGAUGCAAAGGGGGAUAUUAAAGUCAAAUAAUGCGACAGAGAGAAUUAAGUUUGCAGAAUUUAAAUGUUCAUUUUCUUUUUUCAUUGGUGUGGUGCAUAGCAUUAUAGCAUAUAUGUUGGUUUUUUCAAUACAUUAUUACAGUAUUUUAUCUUGAAUUUGUUUGAAUGCAAAAGGUGUGCAGAGUGCAGUGUAUAUAGAACAUGGUCAAGACCAUGCUUUAGGCAGUAGUGUAAAAUUUGAUUGUUUUCUUUGCUUUAUUCUUUUGAAUGUAUGCAGGUUGUUCUCGAUUGUUGUUUGUAAACCAUGGAAGCAAUUUUAUUUUCAUGGUGUAAAAAUGACUUGCUUGUACUUAUGUACAAUGGCCUGUGAUGAAUGAUGAUCUAGUAUUGAUUGUUUAUUGCCAAAUUGUUUCAA